GGGAUUAUCAAGAAGUGACAACUCAGAACUUUUCGGAGGAGAUUAGCAGGGUUUAGUUGUGACCGAGGAUAUCUUGUUGCACUUCUUAGGGGAGGACAAUCGAGAAGAUACGAUUGCAAGUAUGGCGACACAUACGACGAGCGUUACGCCAAGCUCCAUACCGGUACCGGUUCUAAAGCUCAAUAAUGGGGUUGAGAUGCCCGCCCUGGGAUUUGGCACAUUCGCCAAAGAGGGGGUUGAGGGGAAGACGUAUGAGGCUGUGAUGGCCGCAUUGGAUGCGGGAUAUAGGCACCUGGAUUGUGCUUGGUACUAUCUCAAUGAGGAUGAAGUUGGAACUGCACUACGAGAAUGGUUGGACAAGAACCCGGAAGUGAAGCGAGAGGAUCUCUUCAUUACGACAAAGGUUUGGCCUCACUUAGCUGAGCCGGAUGAUGUGGAAUGGAGUUUGAACAACUCAUUGCAGAUGCUGGGCACGGACUAUGUCGACUGCUUCUUGAUCCAUUGGCCCUUCGCUGCCGAGAGGACGGAAGACCGCAAUGUCGAGCUUGGGCCCGAUGGAAAAUAUAUUAUCAAAAACGGUCUGACUGAAGAUCUGUCACCAACAUGGCGCACACUCGAGAAACUUUACAAAUUGGGGAAAGCGAGAUCCAUAGGAGUGUCCAAUUGGACCAUAACAGGACUCGAAAGACUGCUCGAAUAUGCAGAGAUCAAGCCGGCCAUCAACCAAGUUGAGAUCCAUCCGUUUCUACCAAAUAGCGAACUCAUACAAUACUGCAUGUCUCACAAUAUCCUGCCUGUGGCAUAUUCUCCCUUAGGAUCACAACAUCAAGUACCUACUACCGGGGAGAAAGUAUUGACUCAUCCCGAAUUAACAAGUAUUGCAACAAAGAAAGGGAUAAGUUUGGUUCAGUUGCUAGUUGCGUGGGGGCUGAAGAGAGGAUAUGCAGUGUUACCCAAGAGUGGAAAUGCGGAGAGGAUCAAGAGCAACUUUUGUUUGGUUGAGCUGAACGAAGAGGAUUUUGAGGCUGUAAACAAGAUUGCCGAGGGACGACACUGUCGAUUCGUCAAUCCGAAGGAGAUGUUUGGGUACGAUGUAUGGUCAGAGGAGAGUACAAAGUAAGCAGUCGUAAAGAUAAUUGCCGAGCAAUUGUUGGACAACAGAACAGGGACAUCGUGCGCAUGAUGUUUGGUGGAGCAUCCAAGUGGAACCCAUGUUCUUGUGCAAUGAUGUGGCACGACAUUUACGCCGUCAAGCAUCAAUGACCACGCUCUUUGUAAUGUUGAUACUCUGCAGAUGCGAGGCACAGAAGCCCAUUUGCC